UUCGGUCCGGUCAACGCGCAACACAUACUUUCAGGAGCAGCGAGCAGUGCAGUGAGGCUAGUCUACCUUUCGGGCGCAGCGCUGCUAGAACUAGAAGAGAGCUAGUUGUUAGACGUUCUGAAGUGGUGGUGGUUGAUUUCGGGGGUCGAAAAGGUUGGAAUUUUCAUUUUCAUUAGUGCUAUAUUUCUUGCGGCGGUCCCAGACGACAAAUUCUUCAACUCUGAAACGAGCGCACACUUUUCCGGAAAACUGACCAUCGUCAGACCAGUGCCGUCGGGGGACGCAGUGGACCGUUUUCACCCAAGGAUCAAGUUACGCCCCCAGAUUCACUGUGGCUCGACGACAAGUGCGUUGUCUCCGCGCUCCAGACAUACACCAGGUCUCGUUGCAGUGCCAUACCGAACGGAACGCAAAAGUGGCUUUUGAUUUGAGUGGCUUCUUCGGCCGCAGUUAACCAACCCCUUGACGGCAAGUAGAUUCCCAUUUGUGGUCCCAGGCAGGGCCAGAAGCUCACUAUUAGUUGCACACUUUGCUGUCUGGAUUCCGUCCGCGGGUGGAUUGGUAUAGUUCAACCCGUCCAGGAAUGUGCUAUUACUGACAACCAAAAAACCAAGGAUUAUUCAGUUUCGAAAGGGGCAGUGUCAAUUAAAGCACGCAAAGCACAAUCCAGGGCGAUAGUGCGUUAAUUAAGUGCGUGUGUGAGUACUUGAAAUGCGUAAUGAAAUUUUGGUGGUGCUGAGUUGGAUUUGAAAACGUGAUUUACCGAAAAACCAAACUGGAUUAAAAGGAUUAAGUGCGGAGAGCGGUUGUGGUGCAGUUUGAAUUAUAAAGAACCAAAUUUCUUCGUUCCAAUGAAGCACACUUGAUGAGGGUGUGUGUGUGUGUGCGUGGAAAAAGGAAAAGUUUUCAUCAUCCCGCCCCGAGUUGAGUGUAAAUUCUGUUGAAGCUGACCCUCUCAGUUGGGAAAACGGGGAGCUUUUCCUGGGAGACAGAGACGCAGGCGACGGAAUAGUUUUCCAUAAUUAAGUUGUCCUAGCUCGAUAAGUGGGCUUCAUUAUCGGAGAAAGUUAUCCCAGCUGGAGAGAUAGAGAGCGAGAGUAAAUUAGCAAUGAUUCACCAUCAGCCAGCGAAAUACCACACGAAUCCUUUGACACAUUUUCUCAACUUACACAACUCGCAUGCCACGGCAGCAGCGGCGGCGGCGGCGGCCGCAGCAGCCGCGCUGGACCAGCAUCAGCACAUCCUGAACAACAAUAACAACAUCAACACCAACAACAACACCAUUAACGCCAGUUCGAUGAAUGAAGAGUGUGAUAAGAGCCAGGAGCUGAUGAGUGGAGCCAGCUUGGAAACGCACUCCCCACUAAUCGAUACCAACGGAAGUGGAAGUGACGGCGAAGAUGAUAACAUCGACAUCAUCGAUGACGACGACGAAGAAGAAGACGAGCCAAGCGAAGAGGAGUGCGAAGAAGACAUCCUGGCGAGGAGUCGAAACCAUACGCCCAGCACCACCCCACUGGAUGCCGACGGGAUCGGGAAAUCGUUCACCAUAGCGGCCAUUUUAGGGCUGAAGAAAAAGCAACAGCAGCAGGACGGUCACAGCUUGAACGAUGUGAUGAACUUGUCGUUGAACCACGCCGAAAGCCGCCAGUCGGCAUUUCAGCCCAGAAUCACCGUCCGAGAUGCGGAAUCGAUAUCGGACGGAAGUCCGUUGGAAUCGGUCAACGCCCACCACCAUCCCGCGUCACAGCAGCCAACGAGCAACAGCAGCUUGGCGGCGCUGCAAACGUUGCACCACAUGCACGUGGCCGCUGCCGGGUCAGGCUUUGCCGCGAGUCCUCACCAGUUUCAUCAGCAUCAUCCGACGGGUGGUGGUGGUGGAGGAGGGGUGAACGCGGCGGGAGGUGUGCCGAUGCACGGGCACCACCCACAUCAUAAUCGGUUAAAUGACCAUGGCCAUCAACAAAAUCCUCAACAGCAGCAGCAGCAGCAACAAUCGCAUCUACCCAACCAUCAUCACCACCAAUUCAACCAUCAUCAUCACCACCAUCAUCAUCACCUGGCGAUGGCUGCCCAUCAUCACGCGCAGAAUCAUAAUCGAGAAAAGUACAAAGAUCUUGGCAAAAAAUCUUCUCUCUCGGCGUCGUCCGCUCUGAAGAGCAAACGCGUGCGGACCAUUUUCACCCCGGAACAACUGGAACGCCUGGAAGCGGAAUUCGAACGCCAACAGUACAUGGUCGGACCCGAGCGACUCUACCUGGCCCACACCCUUCAACUAACGGAGGCUCAGGUCAAGGUGUGGUUCCAAAAUCGGCGGAUAAAGUGGCGCAAGCACCACCUGGAGAUAACCCAGCAGCGUUUGGCACUGAUACGGCAGCGACAAAUUGCCAACGGAGUUGUCCCACCACAAGCUGCCGGACCACACAGCAACAUCAACGGCGGUGACCAAGCGUCUCCAUCGUCGUCCGGUGGGAUGCCCCAACAACAGCAAAUGAUGGCCGGUGGACGCAUGCUGGUUGGCGGCUCGCCCGAAUCGCCCGAACUUACCAUCUGUACGGACUCGCUGGAAACGAGAAGCGUUAGUGAGAGUGAUGAUUAGAGGUGUACGGUUGAAACUUUAUGAAAAUGUAAUUUAAUACAGGGACUUAAGGAAUAUAAGUUGUUCUUUUUAGUUUUUUCGAUUGUAGAAUAUAACUUAACAUUUAUAACUUAAUUUUGUAGAAAACAAAGAUAAUCACCUUAAUGUAAGCAGUAGUAAAUAUGUGUAUAAAAUGU